AUGAUACAAUCUUCAAACAUUAUAAGAAACACAGCAAUACGACUAUCGCUAUUAUUGAGAAGACACGUGAGCACAAGAGUACUACCAAGAUACCAACAAAUCUAUAGUAACCCCACGCCUUCAUUUUUGAAUCAUUUCACCUUUAUAGAUAACUUGACACAGACGCAUAGUUUCCAGAAGGACGAGCCAAGGUUACGAGCACAAAGAGAUAGCUCAAAUAUACUUCAGCGGGUGUCCAGCGCACCCAGUGAUGCCAGCUACCGACAGCAUGUGCAAUCCCUAAUAAACUAUGUUGACCCAGUGAAGUUCCUGAAUGAAGAGCUUGCGUGUAUCUCCAAUGGACUCACUAAUUUGGAACUACGAAUAGAGAAUGAUGAAGGGCAUGUUUCAUUUAUCGAAACUGAUCGACUUCGACGACUAGGGAAAACCACGUUCCAGCUUGCCUUGGUUAAUCAAUUCAGGAUCUUCCAAAAUGUUGGCUUCUUAUCAUAUUCAGAAACGGAUAUUGAGUCGGAUCUUGCUUGGCUAUUGAAUGAUGAAACAAUUGUCGAGUUUAUGAAAUUGAAUGGGCUUGCGAAUUGUGUUGCGAUGAACAGGGAACUACUAAUUAAUGAAAACCUUGCUCGAUUCGAAUUCGAAACAAAGAAAAAGAUGGUAUUCAGUGCUACGGCUAUUGGAAGUUUUUUUACUUUGGUCGGAUUGAUGCAGUUCAAACCCAGACCAGGUCUGCUGGAAUUAAUGGAUAAGAUCAUCAAUGGAAAACGAGGCGUCUUCGGCAUAUUGAAGCAAAGUGCCUAA